UCCAACACUCGCCCAGCUGCUUCGUUCCCUUUUCCUCCAAGUCUCAUUUCGUUUCUCCCUUUCAACGAUUUUCUCUCAUUAGAAAACGGCGAGAGAAGGAACGGCGUUGACGAGUUCCGAUCUGUACAAGAGGAGCUCAGUCGUGGUCGUGGUCCAUGGAGUCUGCAAUAUCGGAGAGGCAGGAGCUUGCGAAGCUCUGCAGCUGUCGCGACUGGUCCAAGGCCAUUCGUGUUCUCGAUUCUCUCCUUGCGCAGUCAUGCGUCAUCCAAGACAUCUGCAAUAGAGCCUUCUGUUACAGUAAAUUGGAGUUGCACAAGCAUGUGAUUAAGGACUGUGACAAGGCGCUUCAGCUUGAACCCACGCUACUUCAAGCAUACAUCCUCAAAGGUCAUGCACUUUCUGCUUUGGGAAAGAAAGAGGAUGCUCUUCUGGUUUGGGAGCAAGGGUAUGGCCAUGCUGUUCGUCAAUCUGCUGAUUUGAAGCAAUUUCUAGAGCUGGAAGAGCUUCUGAAACAAAACAGAAGAAUCACUUGUGAAAACCAUGCCAUGGAGUCACCUGAGUCAUCCAUAUCUGUAUCUGAAUCAGCUCUUCAUGUCGAUGAGAAACCAAAUUCAACUCAUAAAAAUGAUAGUAAAUUGAAUGAUGAGUCUGAAUUAUGCAGUGAAUCGAGUGAUACAUCUGAGAUCCACUGCAAACCAAAUUCAACUCAUAAAAAUGAUAGUAAAUUGAAUGAUGAGUCUGAAUUAUGCAGUGAAUCGAGUGAUACAUCUGAGAUCCACUGCAAAGCUUUUGAUACAUCUGAUGGCCAUGAUGAAUUAAGAGAUACAGUGAAUGGGAACGAGAAAUUGAAUAGUGAAUCAAAUGGAACUUAUGACAUCUUUGUUAAAUCAAGUGAUGAGUCUGAGUUAUGUAGCAAGUUAAAUGAUACAUCUGAACAAAGCAGUAAAUCAUCUGUGAUUCACAGCAAAUCAAGUGAUAUAUCUGAGGUUCGCCGAAAAUCGAGUAAUAAAUAUGAUAUACGCAGUGAAUUAGGCGAUGAAGCCAACAGGAAUAAAAAGUUCUGUGUUACUAGGAUUUCAAAGACCAAGUCAAUAAGUGUAGAUUUCCGAUUAUCAAGGGGAAUAGCACAAGUAAAUGAAGGAAAUUAUUCCAAUGCCAUAUCCAUUUUUGAUCAGAUACUGAAAGAGGAUCCUACUUAUCCCGAGGCACUAGUGGGAAGAGGAACUGCAUAUGCAUUUCAACGUGAACUAAGUUCUGCCAUUGCUGAUUUUACAAAGGCUAUUGAAUCAAACCCAUCUGCUUGUGAGGCAUGGAAGCGGAGAGGCCAGGCCCGAGCUGCCUUAGGGGAAUCAUCUGAGGCCAUUGAAGAUUUGACCAAGGCAUUAGAGUUUGAGCCGAAUUCCACAGAUAUUCUGCAUGAAAGGGGAAUUGUUAAUUUCAAGUUCAAGGAUUUUAAUGCUGCUGUUGAAGACCUCUCUGCAUGUGUGCAGCUUGAUAAGGAGAACAAGUCAGCAUACACAUAUUUGGGUUUGGCUUUAUCUUCAAUUGGCGAAUAUAGAAGGGCUGAGGAGGCACAUAUGAAAUCAAUUCAACUUGAUCAGAAUUUCCUUGAGGGAUGGGCUCAUCUAACUCAGUUCUAUCAAGAUUUGGCAAAUCCAACAAAGGCUUUAGAAUGCAUUGAACGAGUAUUACAAAUUGAUGAGGGGUUUGCCAAAGCAUAUCACCUGCGUGGACUACUUCGCCAUGGCAUGGGAGAACACAAGAAAGCUAUCACGGAUUUAUCAAUUGGGUUAGGCAUUGAGAACUCAAACAUUGAGUGUUUGUAUCUAAGAGCUUCCUGCUACCAUGCUAUUGGAGAAUAUGGAGAAGCGAUUAAGGACUAUGAUAAGGCUUUGACGUUGGAACUAGACUCAAUGGAAAAAUUUGUGCUCCAAUGCCUGGCGUUCUAUCAGAAAGAACUUGCUUUAUAUGCUGCUUCAAAGAUGAAUGUUGAGUUUUGCUGGUUUGAUAUUGAUGGGGAUAUUAAUCCCCUAUUUAAGGAGUACUGGUGCAAAAGAUUGCACCCCAAGCAUGUAAGUGAAAAUGUUUUCAGGCAACCUUCCCUGAAAAAGAAUAAGCAUAGAAAGCAAGAUUUUGCUGUUACAAAGCAGAAGGCUGCUCUUCUGCAGGCUGCAGAUUCUAUUGGCAAGAAGAUACAAUAUAAUUGUCCAGGCUUCUUACCCAAUAGGCGCCAGCAUCGUAUGGCGGGAUUAGCUGCUAUUGAGAUUGCACAAAAGGUCUCAAAGGCUUGGCGUUCUUUGCAAGUUGAACGGAAUAGAAACACAUCAAAACAUGGAAAGAAAGCCCGGAGAAAGGAAAAAAUUAAUACGCCCAGUCUGAAUAGAGGUGGUGCUGGCUGUAGUACAAGUAGCUCCUCAGAAACAUCAACUUCAUAUAGUAUUACAGAAGAUAGAUCAUCAGGCCGUCCUAUGAUGUCAUGGCAUGACGUUUAUUCCUUGGCUGUGAAAUGGAGACAGAUCUCUGAACCUUGUGACCCAGUUGUGUGGGUUAAUAAGUUAAGUGAAGAAUUCAACUCUGGAUUUGGGUCUCACACACCACUUAUUCUUGGACAAGCAAAAGUUGUUCGCUAUUUUCCAAAUUACGAGAGAACAUUAGAUGUUGCCAAGACUGUCAUGAAGGAGAAAAGGUAUGUGCACAACAAGGCAGAUGACAUCAUGUAUCUAUCUGAAGAUGGGAAACUACAAGAAAUUAUGCAUGCAGAAUCCUGCUCUGAUCUUUACAAAAUUGUUGGUGAGGAUUUCUGGUUGGCUACUUGGUGCAAUAGUACAGCAAUUGAGGGGAAACGGCUUGAGGGAACGAGGAUCACCCUAUUGAAAAUGGGCCAACAUGGAUUUGACUUUGCAAUUAGAACACCGUGCACACCUUCUAGAUGGGAUGAUUUUGACACAGAAAUGGCAGUGGCAUGGGAUGCUCUGUGCAAUGCGUAUUGUGGGGAAAAAACUUAUGGUUCGACUAAUUUUGACAUGCUUGAAAAUGUGAGAGAUGCAAUUUUGAGGAUGACAUAUUACUGGUACAAUUUCAUGCCACUGUCAAGAGGCACUGCUGCAGUUGGGUUUGUAGUUUUGCUGGGAUUGUUUCUUGCUGCUAACAUGGAGUUCACUGGAAGCAUCCCCAAAGAUUUGCAGGUGGAUUGGGAGGCCAUUCUGAACUUGGAGCCAGACUCCUUUUUGGAUUCUGUGAAGAGUUGGCUGUAUCCGUCCCUCAAGGUCACAACGUCUUGGAAAGAGUAUCCGGACGUGGCAUCAACUUUUUCGACAACUGGGUCUGUUGUUGCUGCUCUGAGCUCUUAUGACGACUGAUCUCCCCUUGGCCUCCUAAAGAGGCAGAAUUUAACACCAUUACUAGGUCUUUUGAAUUUGUCAGAUCUACCGUGGUAAAGCAAAGGUGAAUAUAUAAAGGUGAGGCGUUUGAAAAUCCCAUGAAAAUGAAUUUUCCAUUUGUUUUUCGUGUUGUUUGAGAAUUCCCUCUUAGAACUUUCUAGUCAUGAACAGAACCACUCAGAUGGUUGAGGUUCUUGUAAAAUUUAUAAUUAAAGCUGUAUUUUGUUGUUUAUUAUUAUUGCUAUUAUGAACUUGUUUUUGGGAUUAAUUCUCAUAAAAUGCUUUUCGUCUA